UGGGCGGGGCCCCUGGCGGUGUCGCGUGCUGAGUGCCGAGCCCGCUGUGCUGUGGGCUGUCAGACGGGGGAAGCCCGUGUUCCAGCCCUGCCUGGGUUACCAAUCGGGCAGCUGGUUUGAGCAGCAGCACAGCGGUUACUCCCUCUCUGGCUAUGACUACGGCUGUGCAGCAGAGAGAGAUGGACACAACCUUUCUGUGCGUGAGACCUCCGGAUGCCCAGCUGCAAGUCUGGUCACACCUAAGGAAAGCACGGCUCUGGCAGAAAAGCAAGAUGAAAACCCACUGGAAGUUACAGGCAAGAAAAAUAGAAGAGACUCUCAGAGAGAACACCUUUGCCAGUUUCUUACCACCUGCCUGUGUUAUCACAUGGCCAUCUGAUGGUUUCCUCCACCCCCAGGGGACCCCCACAAGACCAAUCCCCCCCCCACUGCCUCGUGACUGCAUCAAAGAUCCAGAUCUUCAUUUGAAUAUUGAAGAACUGAACAAGGAGUUUAUGGUAAAAAGUGAGGAACUCUAUGACUCUCUCAUGAGUUGCCACUGGCAGCCUUUGGAUACGGUUCAUUCUAAAAUCCCAGAUGAGACCCCCAAAGAAGCAUGAUGCUCAUGAAGCUACCCAACUGUCAGAUCAAUUGCAUCUUGUUUUGUUGGGGUUUUUGUUUGUUUGUUUGCUUUUGUUUUUGUUUUGCUAAGACAAAAAGAAAUCUGUCAGGAAUGUACUCGAUGCUAUAUGUAAAUACAAAUCACCAGGACUUAAAUGUGACUGACAUGAUAGAAUGUAAUGUAAAUAAA